AUGGAAAACUACUUUCAAGCACAACCAGAACCCACGCCAAGCACUCAAUUGGAACCUGCCGUGCCAGUGAUACCAGGACCUCUGAUCAUAAACGAAUCAGCAAUCGUAAACAUCACGGUUCGCCUCAGUCUCGCCAGCGUGAAGAUGGGUGGACAAGAAGUUGGAGAGGAAGAGGGCGAGAAGGAGCGGUUGACGGAGGUUAUGACCAUGGGAAACAAUAUGACAAAUUUUGGAUUAUAUUCUGGGCCCACGUUCAAUCCAGCAAUCUCCGCUAGACAUUUGAGCGUCACAUUCCUAAAGUCAGGGGCUUCUAGGAACUGUAGAACAGUUAACACAGUACCUUUGACUGCGGGAAUGAGGAUCUCUCCAAAACGUCAGGAACCCUUGUCCAUGCAUCAGGAUGGUCUUCAAACUGCGUCAGUAUGUGUUGAGCCAUUUGUUGCUGGUCAAAUGAAUUACCUAAAAGGGUGCCCUUCAAGACGGCGCUCAUCGACAAUCCCAAAUCGCAAUAUCAAUCCAUAUCACGGUAUAGAAGUGUCGAUGGGACCGCAAAACACUGAUAGUUGUCGGAUUCCAAAGAAGGGGGAAGUGGGGAACAUUAUUGUAGUUGUGAUUUGGCCAUCGGUCCUGGGCUUCAGGAGGAAAAUAAGUCCUUACCUGAACGCGGAUCCGUCGGCGAGGAAGAAGUACGACAAGAUCGACAAGGCGAUUAGGCUAGUGCGAAGGAACACUGAUCAGGGUCGAUGA